GUUUCUAGCCAUGGUGGUUGUGUUGGAGUGGUGAUGGAGUACAAGAUCACUACAACAAAUGUGGCCACCUUCACUCUCUCCAAAGACUACUAAAAUUAACAGAGAAAUUACAAUGCUCUUGUCAGCAGAUGGAAACAUGAAGUGCUCAAAAAUCUCCUGGUAUACAGCUGCAUUGACUCUCCACUUGAGAAAACACAAUGGACCAACACCAGCAGAUGACAUGGCACCCCAUAUCAUCACUGACUGUCGAAACUUCACACUGGACUUCUAGCAACUUGGUUUCUGUACCUCUCUGCUCCUCCUCUAGUCUCUGGGACCUUGAUUUCCAAAUGAAAUGCAAAAAUCUUCCACAUGAUUGUGGUUGUGUGUACUGAACCAGACUGAGCUAUUAAAGGCUCAGGAAACCUUUUGCAGGUGUUUUGACUUAAUUAGCUGAUUAGAUCUCUUCUCAGGUCAACAUUUCUCUAUUAUGAAUUCUUUAUUCUAAUAUUUUGAGAGACUGCAUUAUUGGUUUUCAUGAGCUGUAAGCCCUAAUCAAGAUUACACAUUUCAAGCCUUUUUGGUUUUGUGUCUAAUGGAAUUAGUUCUAUGAAACUAUGAAAGUUACAAGUUUUGAAUUAAAUUACAUUAUACAAAAAUUAUAAAGAAGUUGGGACUCUAAAAUGUAAAUAAAAACAAAAUUCAGUGAUUUGCAAAUCUCAUGAACCCAUGUUAUUCACAAAAGAACAUAGAAAUCAUCAAAUGUUUAAACUGAGGAAAUGUACCAUUUUAAGGAAAAAGAGGUCAUUUUGAAUUUGAUAGCUGCAACAUGUCUCAAAAGUUGGGACAGGAGAAACAAAAGGAUCAAAAAUUAAGUGUUAAAAAGAGUAUAUUAGAUAUAUACUCUCAGAAGUAAAGAUGGGAUGGAAUCUGGAUGGAAGCAGAUGUUGUUCUAAAGCCUGUAUAUACCUUUCAGCAUUAAUGCCUUUCCAGAUGUCCAAGCUGCCCAUUCCAUAGUCACUAAUGCACCCCCAUACGAUCAGAGAUGCAGGCUUUUGAACUGAACACUGUCACGAUUCCCCCUUGAAGCAGCGUGCUCUAAGCGCUAAUGAAACGCUAUAUUUUUCACUGCCUUGAUAAACAUUCUCAAGACUAAAGAAGUUACUAUUUUGAAUGUUUGUUUAGAUGUAGGCUUUGAUUAAAGAUAGACAUGGGCAGUAAUCUGUAUUAAAACCUGUUAUACCCCUACAUUUUCACUAAGUAGAGCUGAAAACUUUACAAUGUACAUCUGCUCCAUUUGACAUUUUGUUGUUGUUGUUAUAAUGGUGAUUGACUUUUUCUUUCUUUCUUUCUUUUUUUAAGUACUCUGUAAUAUAAAUUCACGCAUUUACUCGAUCCAUUCCUUUUUUCCAAGCCAACUCUCUGUGCUAACCAGCAGUUACUUUUUUGUAUAAAUGGCUUAUAUUCCUCAUAACCAUGCAUUAAAACCUCUAACUUUGCGUCACUGAAGUAUGCAGCUCACUUUUUUUCACCCUGGAUUUCCAUGGUGACUCCUGAAAUUGGUGAUCCACUGAUGAUGUCUUUUAUGCACAGAGGUUACGCAGUGGAGUUGUCACUGCAUGUUUACCCACCUUAUCUACUUGGGUGUUUCUUAGAGAAAUAGGAUCACUUUUGUUAGUAUAUGCAUCACAUUUACAUACAACAAUAGCUUUAGGGAGUAGGAUGGCGUCCAGCAAUUCAGAGACUAGCUGGUGGUGUGGAAUGUGUGUACCAGAGAUAGUUAGGAAAUUUCCAGAUUGUGGCUCCAGAUUGUUUCAAAAUCAUGUACUACACUGUAGGCAUACCUGCUGUCAGUGUAGAUUGUUACUGAUUUGCCUUUACAGUUUACAGUUUCAUGAGUAAGAAGCAUGCCUCCUCUUCAACCAGCCCCAAAGGACCCAUGUCACACCCCUCUUCAUCUCCCUCCACUGGCUUCCUGUAGCUGCCUGUAUCAAAUUCAAGGCCUUGACACUCACGUUCCAGACAAGGUCUUGUACAGCACCCCCCUACCUCAAGACUCUCCUGAAAGCUUACGUUCCCUCAUGCAAUCUGUGCUCGAUUAACGACCAACGCUUAGUAGUGCCUACUCAGUGUGGCUCAAGGUCUCUUUCCAGAACCUUCACACUAACUGUACCUCAGUGAUGGAAUGAACUUCCAACUUCAAUCCGGAUCGCACAAUCUGUCACUAUCUUCAAAAAACAGCUAAAGACCCACCACGUCCGCGAGCACGUAACUAACCCCUAAAACGCCAACCCCACAUCAUCAUUCUUCAAAAAAAAAAACAAGAAACAACACACAUUACUCUGGCUCUUACAACUCUACUCUGUGCUCUGCUUUUCUAGAGCUCAAUUAAAAAAUCUUGUAUGGUAGCACUACUUGUGUUGUUCUCCACUUGAUAUAUCACUUUGUUUGUACUUUCUCAUUUGUAAGUCACUUUGGAUAAAAGCAUCUGCAAAAUGAAUAAAUGCAAAUGACUAGUCACUACUGCAUAGCCAACUUUAUUCUUGCCUGUCUCUGGAUCACUUGACACCGACCCAUCCACAAACAAUAUCAGAUCAAGAUUGUCCAGUGGUUCAUCUUUCAGAUCCAACCUGGGAGCACACGAUUCAUUAGUUAACAUUACACAAUCAUGGGUUUCUCCAUCAUCAGCCGUGGGGAGGAGAGUUGCUGGAUUUAAGAGAGUAAAAGGUUUGAUAAUGAUAUUAGGCAUGUCCAAUAGAACUGUGUUAUACCUUAACCAGCGCUGGGUGGAAAGGUGUGAUGUUGUCUGCUCCAGUAGGAUCAUGGAGACAGUGUGUGGGACCAAAAGGGUUAAUUCCCCAUAUCCUACUAAAUCUCGUGAGGCCACGACAGCCUUUACUGCCACCACCAGAGCACGUGAACAAAGGGGCAGACCCGCUGAAACAGGGUCUAACUUACCAGAAAAAAGCCACUGGUCUCAGCUUGUCUUCAUGUUUCUGUAAUAGAACAGAGGUCAUACACCCAUUCUUUUCAUCUACUGUUUGCACAAAAAGGUUUCAAAGGAUCUGGAAGCCCAAACGUAAGAGCUGUCUGCAAUGCCUGUUUUCAAGCAACAAAUGCCUACUCUGCUUUGGAAACCCUAUCAGUGGACAACUUCUUCCCCUUAAUCGAGGGUGUGCCUCUAGGAGAGUGUUUGCCUGUCUUAUACUAGGGAACGUUCCAGUACUGUGUUUACUGAUCAUUAUGCUGCACUUAACAAGAGAGAAUUCUUAAGAAGACCAUUUGUAAACUCCCAACUUGCUAUAUGAGUAAGAGGGUUACUAUAUGAGACACCAGGGUUAGAGGUGAAUUCCCAAUGUGUAAUUCCUCUGUCCUCACACCCCUUUACCCAUGGUCCCACAUCCCUCCGUUCUCUCUCUAUUGGUUUUGCCAAAGAGACAUGGGACGCUGAAUGUGGGACCUCAAAUAAUUUAGUUUGUUCUUGGUUUCGGGUUACUGAGCAUGCACAGAAUGGGUCUGACCAAAGGAAAGGAAGCCCUGUCACGGUGGCUUAGUGGUUAGUGCGUUCGCCUCACACCUCCAGGAUCCGGGGUUUGAUUCCAGCUGGGGCCAUGUGUGUGCGGAGUUUGCAUGUUCUCCCUGUGCUGCGGGGGUUUCCUCCCCCAGUCCAAAGACAUGCAUGGUAGGCUGAUUGGCGUGUCUAAAGUGUCUGUAGUGUAUGAAUGGGUAUGUGAUUGUGCCCUGUGAUGGACUGGCACCCUGUCCAGGGGUACCCCACCUUGUGCCCGAUGCUCCCUGGGAUAGGCUCCAGGUUCCCCUGUGACCCUGAAGAAGGAGUAAGUGGUAGAAGAUGGAUGGAUGGACAAUCGUAAUGUGCUGUCGCUAAGUUUCAUCAGAUCUUACAAACAUCCAUGACUAGCUUGUCAUCCCCUUACUGCUAGCCUUGUUUUACAUUACACAUUUCUCUCAUUUACCACUGUUUAUAAAGGCAAAUAUGUUCUUUGUUUCUCCACCUUUGAGUGCAGAUGAGGACUUGCUAGAGCUGCACGUGGUGCUGUUGGAAUUGGAGGCCGUGGAGAAACAGAUCCGUGACCUACUCGACAAGCAGGCCCAGCUGCACGAGCGAAGGACCGCUAUGGAAACAUCUUGUGCUAUUUCCUACAAAUCCAAGUUAAGCACGCAGUGUGGUACUACCACUCCCAGGUCCUCUAUGCCAUGAGUUUCUCUGUGCAGGGACCAUGCGCCCAGGAUGAAUCCAGCCCAGGUCUCCAUCACGCCGGUGCCGACACACCACAGAACUUGGGUGCGUCAGCUACGGAAGGCACGGGCCAGGACGAGGAACUCUCCCCCCUACCGCCCCCAGUCUUUGAGAUCUGCACCAGGAACUGCUUCACCCUUCUCUGUGAGACCAAACCAAAUGCCGUGAUCAUCGGAGACUCCAUUGUUCAGAACGUCCGUGUUGCCUCAUCGAAAGGUAAGGUGCGCACACAUUGUUUCUCUGGUGCUCAUGUUCUUGAUGUCGCUGCACAGGUACCCGCGAUCCUGAAGAAAAAUGAGAGCAUCGGAGCUGUCAUGCUGUACGCGGGGGUGAAUGACAUCAGACUGCGGCAGACGGAAAUCCUGAAGAGGGACUUCAGCAGCCUGAUCGAGACAGUGCGAAGCAGAUCACCCGCUACAAAGAUCAUCGUCUCUGGACCUCUCCCCACAUACAGACAUGGAGUUGAAAGGUUCAGUAGACUUUUCGCUUUAAAUGAGUGGUUAAUAUCUUGGUGCAACGAACAGAAUCUGCUCUUUGUUAAUAACUGGAAUCUGUUCUGGGAGCGUCCUAGGUUGUUCCGUGCUGAUGGCCUGCAGUCUCAGAGCGGCACUCCAGUCAGACAACAUCCCCAAGACACUACACACCAUGUGACUGCCUGCCAUAAAAAAAUAGCCUUUAAAAUGAAGAAUACUGACAGCACCAAGUCUAUGCUAAUUAAAUCAGAACAACUUCUGCGCAUUGAGGACCAGGACUUUGCCUUGAGACCUGGCUUUGGAGGUUCAGCUAUUCCGGUGGGUAUUGAUGUGCAGGUGGAAAGUAUUGACAGCAUCUCAGAGGUUAACAUGGACUUCACAAUGACGUUGUAUUUGAGACACUACUGGCAGGAUGACAGACUGGCCUUCCCAUCAACCAACAACAAGAGCCGAACAUUUGAUGCACGACUUGUGAAGAAAAUAUGGGUGCCAGAUGUCUUCUUUGUUCAUUCCAAGCGUUCUUUCAUUCAUGACACUACAAUGGAGAACAUCAUGUUAAGAGUGUAUCCAGAUGGAAAUAUUCUCUACAGUGUCAGAAUCACUGUGACUGCUUUGUGCUCUAUGGACUUCAGUAACUUUCCUCUAGAUACACAGAACUGUUCUCUGGAACUUGAGAGUUAUGCUUACAAUGAAAAUGACCUUAUGCUCUACUGGAAGAAUGGGAACGAUUCAUUAAGGACUGACGAGAUUGUACUCUCACAGUUUUUUAUUGAAGAAUUCCACCCAUCCUAUGGGCUAGCUUUUUACAGCAGUACUGGCUGGUAUAACAGACUCUACAUAAAUUUCAUACUGAGGAGAUACAUCUUCUUCUUUAUGCUUCAGACAUACUUCCCCACCAUGCUCAUGGUCAUGCUCUCCUGGGUCUCCUUCUGGAUUGAUAGGAGGGCAGUCCCUGCUCGUGUUUCACUAGGUAUCACUACUGUGUUGACCAUGUCCACCAUAAUCACUGGUGUGUCAGCUUCCAUGCCUCAGGUGUCCUAUGUGAAGGCUGUAGAUAUGUACCUGUGGACAAGUUUCCUCUUUGUCUUUCUCUCCGUCAUUGAAUAUGCUGCUGUUAACUACUUCACCACAGUGGAGGAGAUGAAGAAACUCAAGAGGGGAAAGCUGCCAGUGUCUUAUGCUGCAACAAAGGCUAUGGCAUAUGAUGGCUGUUUCCAUGACAACGAGAUUGACCUACCACCUUUUCCUGAGCUGUCGACUACCCCCAGCAUAGAACAGGCAGUGGUGCCCAUGAACUCACCAGUAGAGGCACCUACAGAGGGCACAAGGCUCUGGAGGAAGAGAUCAUUUCGGCACAACAUCAGCUUUAUAAUGAGCAACAGCUACAUGAUCGACUCAUACUCCCGUAUCAUCUUCCCUCUGGCCUAUCUGCUUUUCAACAUUAUAUAUUGGUCCUUGUAUUCAUGAACAAGAAAAGUGGAUAAAACAAUUCAAGCACAAUCUAGUGGGGAGAUUUGACCAGGUGGAUUGUGAUGAACAUAGAUUUUAAAAAAAUAAAAAUAGUUUUUUUGUUUGUUUGGAUAUUUUUCUGUAGCGUUGUCACAACAAAUUAGGUAAACAUUCCACUAAAAUGAAAUUACAUGAAUAAAAUUUAAUAUGCUAUAUUUAUCGUUUGCCAAAGAAGUGUUUUUCAUAUUUAUGAAUAAUACUUAUGGCUGUAAAAGUGAUUGUUUUCUUAUUAAUUCAUAUAUCCUAGUUGUAUAUUUAUUUGGCCAUGUAAGCAAAUACAAAGGUGAAAUUAAAUAGGUUUUUUUUUCUUUCUUUUUUUUUGCUUGUUGUAAAACUAACUAUACCAAAAUUUUUAUGUUUAAAAUAAAAAUAACACAAUUGUC